CUCUUUUCUUUUUCUACUUGGAACAAUCUAAAAAAGGAUGGAGUUUGGCCUUGAGCGUAUGCAAAAACUACUUUGUCACUUAGGCAAUCCUCAAGAUCAGGUCAAAGUCAUUCAUGUCGCGGGUACCAAUGGCAAAGGGUCUGUCUGUGCAUAUAUGACCAGUGUCCUUUUGCAAGCUGGUUACAAGGUCGGUAGGUUCAAUUCUCCUCAUCUUAUUGCUCCACACGAUAGUAUUCAAAUUAAUGGUAAACCUGUGGAUCCCAAUGUAUUCGAAACAACCAUGGAACGAACUCGAAAAAUCAGUCAAGAUACUUUGGUGAAUGCUACUAGUUUUGAAGUUUUGGUUGGUACUGCUCUUUGGCUGUUUGUUCAUCCUCCAGAAGAAGAAAAUGGGUUGGACUUUAUAGUGGUAGAAGUUGGUUUGGGUGGAUUAUUGGAUGCUACCAAUGUGUUUCGAUCACCAAUCAUGACAAUCAUCACUUCUAUUGGUAUGGAUCAUAUGGGAAUUCUUGGAAAUACGAUUGCAGAGAUAGCUCGUGCCAAAGCAGGAAUUAUGAAACCAGGAUGUCCUGUGGUGAUUGCCCCUCAAUCAGAACAACAAGCUGAAACAUCAUUGGUGCAUUAUGCUCGUGAAUUGGAUAUUUCUUGUGUGGUGAUGGUCCCUGCGAUAGCCGAUGAUGAUAUUACAACAAUAGUGACAACAGGCGAGCAACAUCUGCAUCUGCAGUUGGAACCUAAAGAUGUGAUAAAAGGAUCAACCUUACCCCCUUUGGAUAUUCAUUAUACAGUGGAAUUACAAGGUGAUUAUCAACGGGAAAAUUCGGCAACUGCGAUCAUGGCAUUAAAGUGGCUGGCUCAUUCUGGACACAUACGACUUGACACAACAACAUUGCAACAAGGAAUGACGAGAACAUCAUGGCCUGGACGAUUAGAUUGGGUGAAUACGACAUGUUUAUUACCUCAUCUACCGUUUACGACAUUGUUGGUCGAUGGUGCACAUAAUCCUCCAGCCUGUCAAGAAUUACGACGUUAUAUUGAUUCUAUUCUUCAGCAACAACAGCGAACAAGGGUGAUUUGGUUGAUUGGUAUCACAAAGGGCAAAUCAGUGAGUGACAUGUUACAGGUAUUAACACAUCAGGAUGAUUUGAUUUUGACCGUUCCCUUCUCACAACCUCAAGAUAUGUCAUGGAUUGAAUGUGUAGAUCCAGUAGAUUUGGCUCAACAUGUGAAUGAUUAUUAUGAUGAUUCGAAUGAACAAUCUCGUACAAAGGCUUUACCUCAACAAUCACUCUCAGACGCAUUGACCAUGGCUGGUUCCUUAUUUAGACCUGACUCGGAUUUGGUGGUUCUAUGUGGAUCUCUUUAUUUGGUGGCUGACCUUUAUCGACUCAUGGAUAUACAUCCUUUCUCUUAGGUCCUUUUUUUUUUUUUUUUUUUU